UAGAUCAUCCUCCCAACUAAGACCCGCUAGUAGUCCCAUACAUGCUUCCGCAACCUUUUCUUCUUCCAGACUUUCACCUACACAAGAAAACCACUCCUGGUUUCCCGAGCGGUUUUACGAUCACCACCAUGUUUCCCAGGCUCUCUCUAGGCUAUUCCCUUCUCUCAUUCUCCUAGGUUGUUCAAGGCAGUUUCUGCUUAGUCUAGAUUAUACUGUGGUUUUCAAGUGAGUUUUGAGUUGACUAAUCUGAUUGCAAAAUUUGGUAUGGCUUAGUUGAUAGAAUUGCUCGGAGAUUAAACUGUUAGUUGUUGAAAGAGAUCUUAUAAGAGGGAAAAUUGGUUAGACAGAGAGAAAAGGGAGAUGACAUCCGGGACGAGGCUGCCAACAUGGAAGGAGAGAGAGAACAACAAGAGGAGGGAGAGGAGACGAAGAGCGAUAGCGGCCAAAAUUUUUGCUGGCCUGAGGAUGUACGGAAACUAUAAGCUUCCCAAGCACUGCGACAACAACGAGGUCCUCAAAGCCCUCUGCAACGAGGCCGGCUGGACCGUGGAGCCCGACGGCACUACCUACCGCAAGGGAUGCAAGCCGGUGGAGCGAAUGGACAUAGUGGCUGGAUCUGCAACAGCAAGCCCAUGUUCGUCGUAUCAUCCUAGUCCUUGUGCUUCCUAUAACCCAAGCCCAGCUUCCUCUUCCUUUCCUAGUCCUGCAUCAUCCUCCUAUGCUGCUAAUCCUAAUGGUGAUGGUCAUUCUCUGAUCCCAUGGCUGAAAAACCUCUCAUCUGCAUCAUCAUCAGCAUCUUCUGCCAAGCUUCCCCAUCUCUACAUCCAUGGUGGUUCAAUCAGUGCUCCUGUUACUCCUCCAUUGAGUUCCCCUACGGCUCGAACACCUAGAAUCAAAACUGACUGGGAGGACCAAUCUGCACGCCCAGGAUGGAGUGGGCAACAUCAUUCCUUUUUGCAUUCUUCUACUCCACCAAGUCCUGGCCGUCAGAUUAUUCCUGAUCCUGAAUGGUUUGCUGGAAUUCGUCUCCCUCAAGCUGGCCCAACUUCCCCCACAUUCAGCCUUGUCUCGUCCAAGCCAUUUGGCCUACCUAGUGGUGGAUCUCGUAUGUGGACUCCAGGGCAAAGUGGAACAUGCUCCCCUGCCAUGCCAGCAGGCUGUGAUCAAACUGCUGAUGUUCCCAUGGGUGAAGUGAUCCCAGAAGAGUUUGCAUUUGGGAACAACACAACUGGCCUAGUUAAGCCAUGGGAAGGAGAGAGGAUUCAUGAGGAGUGUGGGUCCGAUGAUCUAGAGCUUACUCUUGGAAGUUCAAGGACCAGGUGAGCUGGUAAUUUAUGUUCAAUAAUUUUGAUAAAAAUCGGCAGUUUCUUUAUACGUGAACUGUAUCCUGCUGCAGAUAAUGGAUUGUCCAUAGUUAUAGUUCAGUGGUCUCUUUCAAUGAACUUUGGUUCCUUACUAGUGCUCUCAGAAAAUUAACAAAAGAAAAAGAGUAUAAGGGGAUCAAGGUGAGCGGGAGCAGUUCCUAUCUUGUUUGAUUUUCUUGUAAUUUCUUCAUUUGUAUGUUACUUUGUUCCAAAUUAAAUAUAGUUAUUAGCGCUUAAUUUCUUUUAGUAAUUUUGUUUCAAAACUUGGUUUCCUCGAAAGAUGAGAAGUACCUGUAAUGAUUGGAUGCCUUUAAUAUUGGUCCAAUGACCAAUUGAGCGGCCAAACCAUGUGCAGUUGGUAUCUAUACAUUCUUUCACACAUGUUGUAAGACAAACCUUUUAUAGACAGAGCACAGUGAGCAUGGACCAGUCUUUGUUGUUACAUUAUUA